AUGGCUUCUCAUUUGAGUGAUAGAUUUGUCUGGUUAUGUCUGGGCGUGUCUCUCUUCUUUGCCGUCCGCGGAAUUGUUGCGGAUCUCCGCCGCGUGAGUGAUUUGACGGAGAUCAAGCAGGUCGAAAAGGAAGACAAAAUAAUCAGUGAGGGCACAGAGGAUGCUCUCAAACUAGAUACACUUUUAAAGCUGUCCGAUAGCACAAGUUACGACCUGCGUGCUGCGGCACUACGCAUCAUUGCGGAGCGAUCUACGAAAGGGUCGACACGGGAUUUGCUUCUACAAGACCUGGCUAGCAAAAAUAAAGAGCGACGAGGUAGAGCGCUAACAGCGCUAUACUUCCUGCUAUCUAAUAGAGCGCUUUCACGAACCGCCGUCUGUUCUCGCCUGAAAGACCUCUCUACCUACACAGCCCUCGUCGAUUGUCUGUGCAAUUACCUCGAGGAGCAUGUUGAAGAGACCUCUACCACCGAUUCGCCUAUCCUUCCAAAAACGAGACCCUUGGGCGAGAAAAAAGCACUCAGUAUUCUCAAUUUGAUCCUGCAAGAAAAUAUUCCUGCUGCGCUGGAAGCUGGUGUGGUCAGUCGUUGGCUUUCUAAGUACCCAUUCCCGUGUGCUUUGACAAAUCCGUCACGGAGGCAGGACGUGGUGAUACUCAUGAAGACUUGGUGGUCUGAUGACACGAUCAUGAGUGCAAUAUUCAGCACGCUAUCAUCUCAUCCCGACGGUACAAAACAAUUAAGAAAGUAUGGUCUAAUGGGCAGCAUGAUGGAGGAGAAUGACCAUGACGAUGAAGAUGACAGCGAUGUAUGGAUGAUCGAUGGCGAAGAUACAGCCGGGUCGAGGCGCCUUUCGGGCAGAAGGCUUCGCGGGGGAACCGCAGAAGAACAAGCCGUCAGGAGGCGCAGGAGGGAAGCCAUGGUGUUGAGCGACGGAGUUCAUCCCUUGAAUAACGAAGAUAUCUUUCAAAUACCUAUCGCAGAAUGA